AUGUAUUAUAAUUCAUUAAAUGUAUUUCCUCUUCUUGGCAUCGAUCGAAUCUUCCGACUAGCUGCACUUGAGGGUAAAACACAACUUAUUGGUAAGGUCUUGCAGCGAUUUCCUGAACAAGAUAGAAGAGAUGCUGCUUUUCCAUCAGGAAUUGAAAUGUUUUGCCUUCCGACCGGCUGGAAGUGUAUUAAUGAUGCCGUCCCACCGGACCCAACAUUCUAUGUUGUUACCUUAACCAAUAUGGAAGGCGAUCGAUUUUAUUGUGCUAGCCUCGCUUUCUAUGAAUUACGCGACACAAUCACAACAAAAACUCAUGAACAUCAUCCUAGUAUUAGCGAAGGAGUUGAACGACAAUCAGUUAGUUCUCAGCCAUCAUCCACUGACUUAUCAAAACCAUCAUCGUCAGAAAUGGACAUCAGAGGCAGUAUAAUUCUGGAUACAGCCUCGUUAUCAGAAACGAUUGGUAAUAUCUAUUUACCAAAAGCAAUUUGUAUUGUGUCUCGAUUGGCACUAUUUGAAUCGUUUAGGCAUUGCCUUUGCACCCUGUAUUAUGCUGUAUACAAUGGUCAAACCUAUCUAUUGGAAGAGCUGGUUCCGCGUAUCCUUUCCGAUAUGUAUCUGCCUCCGGCUGGCUAUGAUAAGGUUGCUUUUAAACUAGAUGAAGGCAAUGUUAUAACCUUGCAGGCAGCCCGUGAAGAGUCUCUUCCAAUAACUGGGUCGGCAAUUUCAUCAUUUUUCAAGCAUUUUGGUAUUCAGAAUUCUUUAACACUUUUUUGCGCGAUCUUAACCGAGUCGCGCAUUCUUUUUACGUCGAGUAGUUUUUCUACCCUAUCCUUAAUUUGUCACGGAUUACUCGCUUUAAUAUUCCCUGUUCAAUUUAGCCACGUUUUUAUUCCAAUCCUUCCUACCAACUUACUGGAUAUUCUGGAUUCUCCGACGCCAUUUGUGAUUGGUGUAAGUUCUUCAUGUCGAGAAAAACUAGAUCGCAUGAAUGAAUCAAGUGAAGUACUUGAAGAAAUUGUUUUAGCAAAUAUUGAUGGUGGUAACGUUAUAGUACCGGAAAGAAUCCAGUUACCACCUUUACCGAGAAUAUUCCAUGAUAAAGUUUCUAGAGCUCUAAAUGCUGUUGUUAAUACACACUUAGUAACAGCGGAUUUAGCAUUUCAACCAGUCGAUGUUAAACCGUCACCGCCCACUGUUCAAGACAAAGAACUUCGAGCCAUAUUUUUAAGAUUAUUUGCUGAAAUUUUCUCUGGUUACAGAACUUGCUUAACUCUUACUCGAAUUUUAUCUAAGCCUAUAAUUUUCUUUGAUCAGGAAAAAUUCUUACAGCAGCGUGGACUUAAAGGAGAACCAUUCAUGGAAAAGCUUUUAGCAAAUAUUGACACUAUAAUCGAAAAUGAAGGAGAUGAUCACGUCAAAUUUAUGGAAAAUGUUCACAAUCUCGCUGCUAAAUUACAAGAUAAUGAACCGGUUAUAUCACAUACUCCUAAAUUUACUGACCAAAGCUUACAACAAUGUAAUGGUGGCAUUGAAAAUAAUAAUCUCGGCAACUUUAAUGGGACAAUGCAGACUUUCCCUCUUUUGACAAGUGAAACAGUUGAAUCAGCAAUAGCUAUCUCAAAGACCGUGAUACCUCAGCGACCGAAUAAAGCUACAAUUGUUCCUGGGAGUAUGGGUGUUCAUACUGGUCGCAAGGGAAUGAAAUUAACUGGGGCGCUAAUGCUCAAGAGAUUAGAAGUUUUACGAAAAUGUGUUUCAAAUAUAUUCAAUAAUAGAAUAAUUGAAGCAAAAAAGAUGUUCUCGGCUGUUCUUAGCCUCUUAACAUCGGUCCAAUAUAGGAUAGCUCUUGUAGAAGAAUUCGAAUCAUAUUGCUUGCAUAGUCGUGUUGUCUUAACUUUUGAUCAGUUUGAUAUGGUUGUCCGUCUAAUUAAUCAGGCUCUUCAGGAAGAUGACGCGAAUGAUAGGAAUGGAGUCGCUGCUAUGAUUUUACCAUUUUCAGCAUCAUUCUGUCGCAAAUUAUCUGACAACGUUCAUCAAUUCGCCUACACAUGUGUUUGGGAUCAUCCUGUAUGGGAUAACCCCCGCUUUUGGGAACGUACCUUCUACUUAACAUGUCAAAAACAUGUAAUGAAUUUAUAUGAAAAUUCUCUGAUAAAAAAGGCGAAUAAAAAUGCCAUUGAAGCUAAAAAUGAUAAUAAAGUUGAAGACGUUACAGCUGUAGAAACGGUAGAGACAGCUAUUAAUACUGACACAGAGAAUGGCAAACCAAAAGCCGAAACUACAUUUGGUACUACAUUAGUUCCUUCAACUAGUACUUCGUCGAUAAAUGGUGCUGAUUCAAGAACUGAUAUUUCGUCUCCAAAAUUAACGAACAGCAAUACUAAUCUCCUAAAUGCUCCUAACACGCCUAGUGUUACCUCUUUAAUAUCAUCAACUACUGGAUCUAGUAAUGAUGAAUAUCAUCCCGAAAUUGAGGAUCUAGAUCCUAAUGUGCCAGUAAUAAUAGGAGAAACAAUGGCUGGAAAGAUGCCAAUGGAUAUUGCAGCAGAGCAGUUAAAAAAAUGGGAAGUUUAUGACAAUACGGAAAAAGAGAAAUUAACUGGACAGGAGCAAAGUACCAUAUAUACACAAGCCAUUAACUAUGUUUAUCGUCUCAUAUUUUUACGCUUGACGAUGGAUUUGGUAUCUGUGCCAACUACAAAUAGUCGUUCCGCUCGUAAUCUUAAAGCUGACGCUGCUCAAGCUAGUCUUUACAGCUUUACAGCUAAUGAAGGUCAAGAUGAUGAUGGACUAGUUGGAACUGCUAAACUACUGCUUAAAGAUUUAUCCCACUUCAUCGAUCGUGUUUGCGUCGAAUCCGGACUCAGCAGCGACCAUAUCAGAACUGUACAAACCCUUAUACCAAGUGAGCGAAUAAUUGAAGAUCCUGUUUUUGCAAAAUGGGAAAACAAACUUUUAAACGUAACUAACAAUAGCAAACAUUUCCUUGACUUAGGUACAAUAAAAAAUCACUUAGAAGAAUUAAGGUUAGUAAAAGCAGAAACAGAAAAACUCCCACAAAGAAGGAAAGUGAAAAUUGUUGAACCACCUCUCCUUCCGAAUGAAAGCAUUAUCACACCAGCCAGCGAGGGAACUACCUAUUUGCGGGCAUAUUUAUUACCUGAUGGACGUGAACCUGGUCUUGGGGGUUUACCUGGUACUUUUGGUCCAAAUCUAUUUCCAGCAGAGGGAGCAGUUUUCUUAACAUCCUAUCGAAUAGUCUUUAAAGGAUUUCCUUUAGAUCCAACAGUCUCGGAAAUGCACGUCUGCCGUAGUUUCCCCAUUGGUAGUCUCACAAAGGAAAAGAAGUUACCGGCAACUUUUCUAGAAGUAAUUAAUGCACAUUUAACUGAGUGCCUACAGUUACGUUCAUCUACUUUUGAGUUGAUGAAAUUGGCAUUUGAUGAUGAAGUUGGCUCCGAAAGAGUUGAAGCUUUUAAGAAACAGUUACUUAAGUUACGAAGCCCCCAUUCGGUGCUCAGUACUUUUGCUUAUGAGGGUGCUCCAAUUAUUGAAGAGAAAGUCAUUUAUAUGCCUUCGAAUGAAGCAACUGCUCCUCAUGUUAGCCAGAAACUCAAGGAUAAAACAUCGGCGUUUAAGGAUAUAACUACAAAUCGAAUGAGGCAUGCUCUUCAUCAUGGUGUUAAAUUUCUUGGACGUCGAUCCGGUAAUACUGGCUCAAUAAAUAAUGAUAGCGAAGGUUCUAGUAUCGGAAAAAAGGUAGCAGUAGUUAGUACAGCCGCAAUGGCAAUGGUAGGUGGAGAAGAAAGAAGCUCAUCCGCUCAUUCAAUGAUUGAGGAUGCAACAGAUAACCUACCUGCUCAUACUUAUAAAAGGCCAAUUGAAGAACUAGUUAAGUUGCCUUACGUUAGUGACUACGAAAGAUUACACUUAGGUAGCCUAGUCAAAUUUAAUCUUAAAUCUCCUGGGCACUGGAGAAUGACUACGAUCAAUGAAGACUAUAGCAUUUGUAAAAGUUAUCCUGCAGUUGUUGUGGUACCUCACGGAUUUAAAGAUGAAUCAAUUGCAUUAUUGGCUAAAAAUCAUAAGCAAAACCGGUUUCCUGUUGUGACCUGGAUACAUCCUCAAACUAAAGCUGUCCUUUUACGUAGUGGAACGAUUAACAGGGCAUCUCUUUCAUCGCUGUUCAAGUUAACAACAUCGGGUGGUUCUGAAGGUAACGCUGGUGUAUCUAGUGGAACAACUGCUGAUAAUGAAGCUGAGGAAGAAAAAUAUCUUACCGCUAUCAUAACAGGCACACCGAGAAUACCCAAAUUAAAGACUGGCAAAUCACCAAAUCCAGCCAAAAGACGUAAUUCUUCAUCUAGUCCUCGUAAUUCUCGUAAUGCCCGUAUCGGAAGAACUGCAAGCCGAAAAGUAACACAAAUUCAAUCUCAAACAAUCAAAAGACUUACGACACCAAAUUCGAGUCCGCAUAGAGAUCCUGUUAGUGAGAAUAAUGAUGGAUAUUUAAACAAUACAAUGUAUGCUGAUAGUCUUAUCGACAAACGUCUAGCCGGUAAAGAUUGGGAGGCAGCACAUUUAUACGUUUUAGGUGAUAAAUCCGCAAUAAAGCAAGUUAAAAACGAACAAAAUAGCAAAUGCGAAUUUAUCCCCGUUGAGUAUCCUGAAUCUCGGUCAGUCAGAAGCAGCUUCAAAAAACUACUUCGUUGUUGCUGUCCUAGCAACGCUGAGAAUGGACAAUCAUUCUAUAAAGCUGUAGAAGAGUCGGAAUGGUUAAAUCAAGUGCAAUGUUUAAUGCAAGUAUCAGGUGCAAUAGUAGACCUGAUAGAUAUCCAGGGAUCAUCAGUAUUACUUGCCCUUGAAGAUGGUUGGGACGCCACCAGCCAGAUAAUAUCGCUUAGCCAAUUAUGCAUGGACCCCACGUAUCGUACUUUGGACGGCUUUCGUACAUUGAUUGAAAAGGAUUGGCUGGCAUUUGGCCAUCAGUUCAGCACUCGUAAUUGUAUGCUUGGGAGUACGCAAUCAACUAACUUCACUCCGGUUUUUUUACAGUUCCUGGAUGCAGUUCAUCAGAUUAUGCUGCAAUAUCCACAAUCAUUUGAGUUUAACUUGUUCUUUCUGGAAACAAUCGCUUACCAUUGCUGUUCUUCACGUUUUGUGACGUUCAUGUUCGACUGCGAAAGAGACAGACACUACCUAGAAAAAUCUGUACUUGCAAACGAAAGUGAAUCAUUCGAGAAAUGUUUGUCUCCUCUAAAGAAUACCAUAUGGAAUUAUAUAGAUGACGUUCAUCGCAAUUCAACCCAGUUUUAUAAUUUUAACUAUAGUGUUCAUAAAAUGACGCAAAUAUUAAGGCCAGUCGCAUCGCUAACAAAUCUGAAGGUCUGGGAUUACUACAUUAAAAGAAAUCUGUACAUAGGCUCUCCAUACGAUAUUGAACUUUUAAUAGUAGCAAAGCAACUAGAAGAUGAUCAGAUCGCUUCUGAAAGAAGUAAUUUAAGUAAAAGAUCAGCUGAUAGUUGUAGGGUAAUAAGUGGAUGCUUUGGCAGUUUAACCCAUCUUAUGCGAAGCCGACGUGCGUUAUUGUUCGAUGAUUAUCUAAAAUUACGUUCCGUAAGCAAUACAAGUAUAGACCCUUGGGGAAAAGUUUGGACGACUAUACUUCAUAGUAUACCCAAAGAAUCCGAGUAUGUGAAGUACCGCGCAAUUCAAGAAGCAAAAGCCUACUCAUUUUUGUUGCAUAAAAGAACAUCCGGAGAAAUUAUUUUAAAGGGUAAAAUGAUUGGUUCAGCAGCAACUUCCUUUACACAUCCACACAACUUUGAAGUACAUAAUUUUCUAGCUCCAUUAUACUGCGAUUAUUGUAUGCAGAUUCUUUGGGGUUUAGUUAAGCAAGGUAUGAAAUGUUCCGACUGUGGCUAUAAUUGCCAUGAGAAAUGUGCACCUUUGGUGCCUUGGCAGUGCAGUAAAAUCAAGGGAUUGAAGCUAGAAGGUCCAUCUCCAAUGGAUAAUACAAUAGCUGAUUCAAAAACAGAUGGCAAAUGGCUGGAAAAUACGUUACAUAAGAGAGGAACUGGUGCCCCUAAAAAGCAAGAUGAAGAUUGCUUCUUUGAGAUAAUCACUGAGAGAAGAGUCUUUCAUUUGAUGGCUGAUGAUCGAGAAAUUGCAAAGAAAUGGCUAGAUGGUAUACAAGAAUGCAUCGAUAAUCAGUAA